AUGUCGACGCGAGCGCCUUAUGUCGUGCCCGCGCUGAAAAAGCACACCGCCACGGUGAUUAUGGCACAUGGACUGGGCGACAGUGGAGCAGGUUGGAUGGGACUGGCGCAGAAUUGGCGUCGGCGCGGCAAGUUCGACGAGGUCUCGUUCAUCUUCCCCAAUGCGCCGAUGAUUCCGAUCACAGUGAACUUUGGCAUGACGAUGCCUGGUUGGUAUGAUAUCACUCAUCUUGGUCGGGAUCUGGACUUCGAAGAGGCAGUGCGACACCAGGAUGAGCCCGGAAUCCUCCGUUCUCGCGACUACUUCAACACUCUGAUCAAGGAAGAGAUCGACAAGGGCGUCAAGCCCUCGCGGAUCGUCCUGGGCGGCUUCUCCCAAGGCGGUGCCAUGUCGCUCUUCACGGGCAUUACCAACACCCAGAAGCUGGGCGGUAUCUUCGGUCUCUCCUGUUACUUGCCGCUGAGCGACCGUCUGAAGAACCAUACGCCCAGCGGGGAGCUGCCGAACAAGCAGACGCCCUUCUUCCUUGCCCACGGCACGGACGAUGAGAUUGUUCAGUACGAUCUUGGGAAGAAGACGGAAGAGUACCUGAAGAAGGAGCUUGGUCUGAAUGUUGAAUUCCACACGUAUCCUGGUCUUGGCCAUUCCGCCGAUCCGCUGGAAAUCCAGGAUCUGGAGAACUUCCUCGAGAAGACCAUUCCCCCGGAGGGAGAUGGCCAGGCGUCGGCUGGUUUAUGA